AUGCGCGGCGUCAACCCGCGUGGCAACCGCUUCAUCGCACACGAGAUAUUCAACGAUGCUGCACGCCCCAUACCUGACGCUAAGGCCGACAUGAUGAAUGUACUGAAAGGUACAUUGUCCAUGGUGGUCGCAGCUGGGCCCUAUACAACUUCUAAUAAUAUGGCCUAUGAGCCCUUAAAGGACUUCAUCACUUACAUCAGAACACAUAAACCACACAUAGUGAUAAUGACAGGACCCUUUAUGGAUUCAGAUCAUGCCAAAGUAAAAGACCACUCUAUGGCAGAAACAUAUAAAUCUUGCUUUGAGAAAUUACUUGAUAAUUUAUCAGAAAUAUCUAGCACAAGUCCUUUCACACAAAUCUAUAUAGUAUCAAGUAACAAGGAUGCAUUCAAUGUGAAUAUCUACCCCACACCCCCAUACAAAAGCAGAAGAAAACACCCAAAUAUACACUUUUUACCUGAUCCGUGUACUCUAAAUAUAAAUGGCAUUAUAGUUGGUGUCACAAGCACUGACAUACUGAUGAAUAUCAGUCAAGAGGAGAUUUCUCUAGGUAUGGGCGGUGACAAGCUGUCGCGGCUGGCGGCGCACGUGGCGGCGCAGCAGGGCUACAGCGCGCUGUGGCCGGCGCCGGCCGACGCCGCGCUGUGGGCGGCGCACGCGCAGCUGCCCGCCACCCCGCACGCGCUCGUGCUGCCAUCCAACUUCAGAUAUUUUGUUAAGACAGUGAAUGGAUGCGUCGUGGUGAACCCCGAGCACUUGACCAAAGGCACGGGCGGCGGCACCUUCGCCCGGUUGCGCCUCACUGCAGACAUUAAUGCACCCGACGGGAUCGCAGCACAAAUUAUCAGGAUU